CUGGAUGAGGAAACAGGCAAAAUUUCCGUUGGAACCGAAGGACUGGAUAGAGAACGACUAGAAGCCUUCGAACUCCUCGUCGAAGUGGUUGACGGUGGAAAACGCGACUCUGGCAGAGGUAUCCCCGUGUCUGGCUAUCCGCAGCGCCAAUGGACUCCGUCAACCAAUCGACUUACAGCUCAGACAACUGUUCAGAUUAGCAUUCAGGAUGAGAACGAUAAUCAGCCAAAGUUUAUCUAUCCCAAGAGUGAUGUUGUGGGCAAGGUCACGUUGACCUGCAGUGACAUCCAGCACCUUCCAUUAGUGGUUCUGCAAGUUGUCGCCAACGACUCCGACAAGGGGCCGAACGCGGAGCUUGAGUAUUCCGUGAAAUUUGACAACGAAACCCAGCAGAUGGUUAUCAGCAAGAAAGGUGAGGAUAACAAGACCCAAUUGGCGCCUGAUGCCCCAUGGUUUGAGAUUGAGCCACGUUCAGGGGAGAUAAGCCUUGUGGCGGUGGAUGAAGUGUUCUCGCGCUGUCAGACGAGCGAUAAAAGGGGCAAGCGCGAACUGGGCAAAUACGGCCUCGUUGUGAGUGCCACCGACAAAGGCGAACCGAAGCUGUCUGCUACAGCUUCUAUACAAGUGCGCUUCACCACAUCUGACCAGGAGCUUCUGGAAUCGGUAAGACUAUGUGUCCAGUCUAGUUUUUCAAUACCUCAGCAGUCAUUUAAAAAUUGGUGCUAUUCACGCCCCGUAUCUUCUCACGAAGCUGGUCGUGGGCCAACGGGGUUGUUGUCCUCUUCCUCUGCUGAGAUAGGACCAGCCUCCCGAUUCGAAGCCAUUAUCUCGACACACGAUAGCCGUCAACAGUGGACGCACGAGGUAGGCGGUGAAAACGCCAAUCUCGACACAUCUGGACCCCAUUCCACCGACCGUUUUGCCAUAUUCUCUUCUCCCGCGGCAUUCUGGGCAGCGACUAUCUGUCUGGCCAUCGCAACCACGAUCCUCCUCGGCCUCAUAUUCACCUUCGUUAUGAUGGCCUUCAAGCGGAGAGCGAAACCGACAGCAUCGAAUGCUGGCGAGGAAGAACGACCAACGCCGGGGAGUCUCUACUCCGCGGCGGCCGUUUGUGCUCCGGGAAACCCUGGGCAGGCCUGUUUGUCAAUUGACGCAAGCAACCUGCCCCCGGGUGACGCGAAAACUCUCCGUCUUGCCACCUAUCCCGAACCUGUUGUGAACAAAAAGGUGCGCAUCUGCUACUCCGGUUCCCCUCCUGAUGGCAGCUUUUACGAGUGGCCUCAAGUGAAAUUCGAACCUGGUCGAAAGACGCCGGCAUUAAUGCCCCAUCAGGUAAUGCAAGACGAUGAGCAGACGUACCACUAUGGCCGCAUGAGACUUCGCGAUGCCUCAGCCCUCGGUCCAGAGAUUGUGGUGAAUGGUUUUGACGUGUAUCAGCCUCUGCUAGCUGUCGCAAACAAUACCGGCGGUAGUGGCACGGCUGCAUGGAUGCACUCACAUGGCCACAGUUUCAAUUCCAAGGCAAGUGACAGGACUGUGAGUGAAAAUUUGGAAUUAACCGCCGCGAAGGACGGUAAGACGCUGCUAGGUGAAGAAAACGAAAAGAGUUCAAAUUGUAACCACAAGCAGAAAUUCGAGACCAGCUUUGUGUAA